AUGUAUAUAGAUGACGAUACAGUAGAUACCGGGGAAGGACGGAGAACCAGGAAAUUGACGAUAGUGGAAGAUGAAGUAGAAGAAAGUCGUGAAGCGGAAGCGUCUCCGUCUAGCAAUACGCGUCAAAGAACAGCAGCAGCUGCGGCUGCAGCUGCAGCAAAUGGUAACAAUCGAGGCAAUUCGGGGCGACGAUCGGCACGAUCGCCAUUUAGAACAGCGCGUGGUACUCGACCUACACCAAUUGUUUGGGAAAGUCAAGCUAGCGGCAGAGGGCAAACAUGAUACGUGGAGGACAUGCAACGAGAGGACCAAAUAACGAAACAGGGAGAGGUCGUGCAACGAGACGCCGAAUGCGCAGUAAAUAUCCGUACGCGAGAUUCUAAGACAAUUCUUUUUGUAUACGAAGUCGUAAGAAAGAUACAUAUUGCUGUCUUUGUACGCGAAUCGUCUAAGAAACGUUGGCUGUUAAUAUAUAUCAACUUUCAAAUAUUGAAAAUAUUUUUAUUUCGCGUUAAAUAGUAAUUUCAUUGUAUACAUAUUUGUCAUAUGAUAUUAUUACGCCUAACGUGAACGAAACAAUAAGUGUAUCUAUCUUUUUUUAAAUUGAAGCUUCAUUUUAAAUUACAUAAUCCAUAUGUUGCUUAUUUGUUUAUGUCUUCAAUAUCGAAAUUAACAUUCCUCUAAUCGAUAUUCUUUCUUCAAUCAAAAGUACAUAGCAUUUAAAUGGUUUUAUUUAUUUAACUGUAAAAAUAAUUUUGACGACGUUACUUGAAUAUCAUAUAACGUAUGUUAGACGUAUCUUUAUAUAAAACGUUCGUACAAAACGUAUAUUCAUAUUAUUUUACGUAGUGCACAUUAUGAAAGUUUUAUUAAAAGUAUUUGUCAUAAUGUACAAGAAAUAUUUCUUAUUUUGUAAAGAUGCAUCGCACUUUUUUAUAUUUUACAAAAUUAAAUAAAUAUGUUAAACUCUAUCAUAGUUCUCAUCAGUCACAUAAGUACAGCCUGAUGUAAUAUAUAUAGGGACUUCCAAAUAUUAAUAAAUA